AUGGCACAGCAGCCGCAAGACAAGCUGGAGGCAGCGGCAGAAGCAGCAGGAGCAGCAGCUGCGGCAGCUGCUGCAAGUGUCUGGCGCUUCUUUGAAGAUGACACUGCAGCAAAGCGGGACCCAAUUAGAAGUAUUAAUGGCAGCAACGACGACAGCGCUCAUGACAGGACUGUCCAACAGCAGGAUACUCCUGCAGGGGCUACGGCAGCAAAACUCGCACAAGUUACGGACUUAGCUCCGCCCGCAGGUCCAGAUACUUCUACUGUGUUUUCUGCUGCUCCUGCAUACGAGAGCAACGGCAACCUCACAAGCAGCGACAGCAAGAGCAGCAGCAGCGACAGCAGCACAACAGCAACAAGUAAGGACACAAGCCCCAUGGGUCCUCGAGGAAAUGCCGAUGAACCCAACGCUCCAGCGGCGUGUAGCAGCGACAACAGCAGCAGCUGCGCGGACAACGUCAACGAGGUCGUCAUCGCCGACGGCAGCGCAACUGGCAGCCGUAGUAUCAGCAGCAACGAGUGCAACAACGGCAGCGGUGGCGACAGCAGUAGCUGCAGAGGCGGAGAUUUCGCUGCAGCUUUGGGACUGAUAAGGAAUGCAGCAAGCCGGGUUCUGUCCGGGAGCUCUCAACAGCAGGAACAGGAACAGCAGGGGCCGCACCAACAGCGCCAGCUGCCGAUGCAAGGGACAACGGAGCCACCCCACAACAGCGAAGGUCUCCAGUCGGGCCGCAGCACUGCUGUAGGAGCUGUACAAACAGUCACCGCUGCUGCGGCAGCAUCUCCAGGCGCUGCUGCCGCUGCUGCUGUUGUUGCUGCUGCAGUUGCAGCAGCCGAUGCAGCUAUACGAGGAAGUAGCAACUCAGAGCCCAGCAGCAGCAGCAGCAACAACAGCACCAGCAACACGGCGCACUACCAAACCUCAACCACCCCGGAGGCGGUGCAAGUUGCGCAUAGACUGCCACCGCAGCAACAACAAGGUAAGAUUGAACAAUCUUUGGAUGCAUCAACAACCAAUACUGCGCUGGGUACUGCCGCAGAGGCUGCAGGGUCUGCUCCUGAAGUGACGGCAGCAGCAGACACAAACCAGGAACAAACCCCAGAGGGACGAACCUCCGCAGCACCAAGCUCAGCAGAAGCAACAGCAGCAGCAGGCAUCCAUAAGCUGGUGGAGACUCGUUUUGGCUACGCCACGGACAUUGGGGGGCAGCUGCAGCACACAGCCCAGCAGACGGCAGCAAAGAAACACCCGGAAGAGGGCAAGCUGAACCCUACACCUGGCUCCUUGAGUUGCAAAUUUUAA